GUAUGCCAGCAGCCGGACAAGUGGACUGUGUCACAUUAUCACGAGGAUAAGCACAAUUGCUACACUUUUGUAUUGACCUUCCUGCAAGCACUGAUGUAUGAGAAGUUAAGCGAGGCGACCAGCAGUAAAACGACUUUCUGUGAAAAGUAUAUAGUUCCUAGGACGACAACAGCUGGCAAGUAUAUUUCAUUGUAUCGGAAGUUCCGUGAUACCGGUAUUUAUGUGCAUCACACCAAUCUCAAUAAGCUGCGUUAUGAUAGUGCCAGUAGUGGUGCUGGUGGUAGUGGCAACAGCCGUAGUAAAAUGGGAAAGCAGGAUCAACAACACUACCAGCAACAAGAGCAUAAAUUUAACAAUCCAGGAAUUACAACAAGCAACCAAAACAAUGACGGCAACAAAGAGUUCCAUGCUUUCUUCAUCGAAAUACCAAAUGCAACAGCAGCAGCAGCAAUACCACCAUCAACAAUAUCCGAAUCAGAAUCAAACUCACCAACAGCAACAGCGACAACAACAACACCAUCAUCAUAA